AUGGCGAACCUGACGAGCAGCUCGCAGCUUUGCAUCAGAAUAGUUCUUGCGUUCCUGCAGUUCCUUUCAACUGUUCAAAGUGCGAACAAAGAAGAGAAAGAGCGCAUUAAAAGUGUGGCGAAAAAUCUGAGAUUGAUUUUCAAGAUAAAUGAAGAAAAGGUGGAAGAUGAUGAGAAAAUAAGCAAACCUGGGAUUCUUGUAACUUUAUUUAGAACUCCUCAAGACGAUACUGAUCAAGAACUUGAGGAAUCUGAUGAUGAACCUUCUUGUAGCUCCACUACUGCACCUACCGCUAAACGCACUAGUUCAUCUUCUUCUAAAGGAAGUGCCGUGGCCGCAUGUCGGAACAUGGUGAGCUUCCAGAAGGAAUUCAAACAGAUAGUGCUCAAAUAUGGAGGUCUCGACUCUCUGCUUGGUCAUGCCAACCCCAAAAAGAGAAUCAAUGCUAUUAUCGGCAAAAUUUUCAACCAAGCUCUUGGGGUGAUUAGCCAAGAAGGGCAUUCCAGAUCACUUAACAUGAAGGACGUCGCUGAGGCCCUGAAAAAACUGGGUACGAAAUCUGAUUCACAUUUUUGA